AUGGCUGCAGCUCUGACUCUUCUUCUCAUUGGUUCUCUGCUGCAAGGUGCUCAGAGUAAAGAGUUUCAGGCAUUUUUGCCGCAGAAUAUAGAGGUUCUUACAGGAUCCUGUGUGACCAUCCCCUGCUCCUUUGCGAUAAAGGAUGAAUUUAAAUCAAAACUAGAUGACACAUGUGGAGCAAAAUGGUCCAACAACAAGACUCUUGUGUUUAACAGCAAAGAUCCACAAACACCUUCAAAUAAUGGAGAACUUACAGGAAACUUGAGAAAAAAAGACUGCACCACAACCCUGAAUAACAUUCAACCUGCUGGCAACUAUACAUACUUCUUCAGGCUGGAAUGUAACAACACUCUAAAAUAUAAUUUUGCUGCAAAAACAACACUUCUUUCAGUCAAAGAUGAUCCUCCCAGACCGACUCUGACUCCGUCAGCUCUGAAGGUGGAGGAGGGAGCCUCAGUGAGUUUGAGGUGCUCUGCUCCAGCUCCAUGUCUGUCUCAUCCUCCAAAUGUGACAUGGACCAAAGGCCUGGGGGACAUUGUGGAGACACUGCAGGAGAAUGAGGACAGAACCAAAGUCCUGACCUCUGUCGUGACCUUCACUGCCUCUCACAAGCAUCAUGGAGAGACGAUCUCCUGUAAGGCCUCCUACCACAAACAGGAUGGAAGCGCUGAGUCAGCUGUUAGUUUAACAGCUGAUGUUUCAUAUUCCCCCAAAGUCACCACAGUGUCAGUGAGUCCCUCUGGUCCAGUACCUGAGGGCAGUAAUGUGACUCUGACAUGCAGUAGUACUGCUAACCCAGCAGUGAAGAACUACACCUGGUACAGAGAUGAUGGAGCAAAGGAGACUUUUAUUGGGACCGGACAUGUUCUCACCAUUAAAGCCUCUAAAGAAGACGGUCCUUUUCUCUGCAAGGCUCAGAAUGAUGUUGGAGUUGGACGAUCCAACAACACACACAUAGAUGUUCAAUAUUCCCCCAAAGUCACCACAGUGUCAGUGAGUCCCUCUGGUCCAGUACCUGAGGGCAGUAAUGUGACUCUGACAUGCAGUAGUACUGCUAACCCAACAGUGAAGAACUACACCUGGUACAGAGAUGAUGGAGCAAAGGAGACUUUUAUUGGUACCGGACAUGUUCUCACCAUUAAAGCCUCUAAAGAAGACGGUCCUUUGCUCUGCAAGGCUCAGAAUGAUGUUGGAGUUGGACGAUCCAACAACACACACAUAGAUGUUCAAUAUGCACCACAGAUCCUUCCCUCAUCCGACUGCAUCAGAGCUGGAGAGCAGCUCAACUGCUCUUGCGCCACUCUGGGAAAUCCUCCUCCCACUGUACGCUGGUAUGUGAACGGGUUACCUGUCAAUCACUCCGACGAGCUUUUGAUAAGCAGCACAACCAGGUGGAGCAUCAUCACGCUGAAUAAACAGCAGGAGGCGGGUCUUUCCUCCCUGCUCUGCCGCAGCAUGAACUCUGUGGGAUCUGCUACUCAGCAGUUUUGUGUCAACAGGAAGAGUCCAGACAAAGUGACGUUGGCAGUUUUCAUCAGCGUGGUUGUCGCUCUACUUCUGCUAGUAUGUGCUCUGCUGUUUGUGAACAGGGCUCAGAAGACCCACCAUGAUGGGGACACCAGCACCGCGACUGAGAGCCAUCUUCUACCUGGAGAGGGACAGGAGUUACCAAACACAGCAGAAGGAGCCAGCGGAGGCCCAGAGAAGACCAGUGAGGAGGGCAAAGAUGUGGUUUACUCAACUGUGAACUGGAGGACCAGCAGCAAGAAGAAGAGGGCCAAGGCCUUGGAGGAGAGUCCCCAACCCUGUGGAUCGUAUCUGGAGGAGGAGAUGUGUGUGGCAGGAGGAAUGCUCAGAGGCUUUGUGAGCAACGCGCUGGAGAUGGAAGGUCUCUAUGACAACGUGGAGCCCAGGAAGGUAAAGAGAGAGGAGCAAAGUGAAUAUGCUCAGGUUAAAUUCAAAGAAAAGAGAUAAGUACAUCAAGUUAAAGUGCAAAAUAACAAGGAUUAUAAUGUCAAUGAUGAACCGUUUUCACAAUGAGGCUCGAUGAAAUGCUGUAUUUACUUCAUAUUUUACUAUACUUUAAUAUGUUGCCCUGUGCAAAUUGAAGAAGAGGCUCCACUGUUUCACCUCUAUUUCGUAGUGUGGCAUGUUUUGUUUAUUGUAUUAUUGUUCACAUUUAUUUUGUUGUUGAAACUGAUUUGGCUGUAGUUAUUUGAGCACAAAGUGAGCGCAUUUGUUAAUAUGUUUUUUUGUUUUUUACACAAGUGCAGUCUAUGGGACCAUGUCAUGUACAUAUAAUUCCAGGACGAACCCUUCUAUCAAUCUUUAGUUUUGUAUUUAACACAUCUCUGAAAGCUUUCCCCUGUUUCUGGCCUCUGAACCUGCACAACAAGUGUUGGAAAGUGUCCAGUGAGCCAGACGUUAGACACAGGAGGCGAGUUCCUCUCUCAAGACUCAGCGAUCAGGCCGACUGCUUUAAAUGACCUAAGCAGGUUUC